GCUUCGGAAGUCCAACCUGCUUCCAGAGCCUGCCCCUCUACCUUUCUUAUGUGGAAGAGGGAACUGUGCCCGCAGCCUUUUAAAUUGGUAGACUGGCCUGGGGCUGGAAAUACUCUGGGCAGGCCCUGCCCUCAUCCCUGGAAGUCUUCCUCCGGCAGCUCUGAAGUAGCUCUCACGAGUUCUAGAAUGCACAGCUCAUCACUGCCAAGCGCGGCUGGGAGUGGAACUAGAAGCAGCAGCGUACGAAUGUGGAUUCCUUUUAGGAGAAGUAUUUGUCAGCCAUAUUUCCCUUCAUUCUAUAAAUGUAUUCCAGCAAGAUCAUGGCAGAGCAUAGCCACGUGCAAAAGCAGCUUGAUUUACAAAAUGGUAGCUUCGAGGCAGGCUUUGUGACAAAUUCCCUGGAAGACGAUUCCCAAAACGUGAUGGAGAGCCUGAGCCCCAAGAAAUACUCUUCCAGUCUGAGAUUUAAAGCCAAUGGAGACUAUUCUGGCUCUUAUUUAACCCUCUCACAGCCUGUGCCUACUAAGAGAAGCCCUUCCCCUCUGGGAACGAGUGUCAGGAGUAGCCCCUCCCUGGCCAAAAUCCAAGGAAGCAAGCAGUUCUCCUGUGAUGCAACUGACAAAAGCCUUUCCCUGAAACCACCUACCCCUCUACUCAGCACCUCCCCAUCCCUGAGCGGGUAUCCACUUGGGAGAGCGGACUUUGAUCAUUAUACCGGCAGGGACAGUGAAAGGUCCUUGAGGCUCGCAGAGAAGCCUCCCUAUUCCAAAUAUAGCUCAAGGAAUAAAUCCCAUGACAAUGUCUACUUUCUCGGGGGGCUAGAAGGCCGAAAGGCGUCCGGUUCACUCCUGGCCAUGUGGAAUGGAAGUCCCCUGAGCGACACCGGCUUCUCUCCCAUCAGCAGAUCGGGGGCGGCAAGCAUGCCUUCAAGCCCAAAGCAAGCCAGGAAAAUGAGCAGCCAGGACAACCUGACACUUCAGCCCAAGUUGACCCGACACAAGGAGCCGGCAUCUGAAAGCAUGGGUUUAAGAACUAGGAAGUAUUCGGGCAGCAGCCUGAGUCACAUGGGGGCCUACAGCCGCUCUCUCCCCAGGUUACACAGGGCCACAGACAACCAGCUGACACCCCUCACUUUGCCUCCCAGAAACUCCCUGGGCAAUUCCAAACGAGCGAAACUGGGGGAAAAGGAUCUACCUCACAGCAUCGUAGACAAUGACAAUUACCUGAAUUUCUCUUCUUUGAGCUCAGGGGCUUUACCCUAUAAACCCUCGGCUUCUGAGGGCAACCCUUAUGUAAGUUCCACCCUCAGCGUCCCUGCCAGUCCUCGAGUGGCUCGGAAGAUGCUUCUGGCCUCCACCUCCUCCUGUACCUCCGAUGACCUUGACAGGGCUUCCUAUCCGGGGCCCGGCCCUGGUCAUCUGUUUUCUCCUGGAGAGCCGGACAGAGUCUUUGCCACCAGGAGGAAUUUCUCUUGUGGAUCUGUCGAGUUCGAUGAUGCGGAUCUGGACAGCCUCAGACAGGCCUCAGGAACCCCCCAGCCUGUCCUUCGGGAAAGGAAAAGCAGCAUCAGCUCCAUUUCAGGCCGCGAAGACCUGAUGGAUUAUCACCGGCGGCAGAGGGAGGAGAGACUCAGGGAGCAGGAAAUGGAGCGACUGGAGAGACAGCGUCUGGAGACGAUCCUCAGUCUCUGUGCUGAAUACACAAAGCCCGACAGUCGCUUGUCCACUGGCACCACCGUGGCAGAUGUGCAGAAAAUCAAUAAGGAGCUCGAGAAGCUGCAGCUCUCUGAUGAGGAGUCUGUGUUUGAAGAAGCCGUGAUGAGCCCUGAAACCAGAUACAGGUGCCACCAGAAAGGCUCUCUCCAAGAGACGGACUUGGCAGUCUUCGGGGGCGUUGGUCAGAGCAGCGCCAGCUUCCUUUCCCCCAGGAGCAUCAGGAAUGAGGACCUGCUCAGGGACCUCACGUCUGCCUUCCUGAAACCUUCCAACGAGUCCGCUUAUCUUAGUAUCCUACCGAAGACCCCAGAGGGUAUAAAUGAAGAACAAAGGAUUCAGGAGUUGGCAGCAAUGGAAGAGACCCGGAUAGCAAUUCUCAAUAACCUCGAGGAACUUGAACAAAAAAUCAAAGAUAUAAAUGACCAGAUGGAUGAAUCUUCCAGAGAGUUGGAUAUGGAAUGUGCUCUUUUGGACGGAGAACAGAAAUCUGAAACAACUGAACUUAUGAAAGAGAAGGAGAUUUUGGAUCAUCUAAACCGGAAAAUAGCCGAACUGGAAAAGAACAUUGUCGGUGAAAAGACCAAGGAGAAGGUAAAGCUUGAUGCUGAAAGGGAAAAACUAGAGAGGCUUCAGGAGCUUUACUCCGAGCAGAAGACCCAGCUGGACAAUUGUCCUGAGUCCAUGAGGGAACAAUUACAACAACAACUGAAGAGGGAUGCUGACCUGUUGGAUGUAGAGAGCAAACACUUUGAAGACUUGGAGUUCCAGCAGCUUGAACAUGAGAGCCGCCUGGAUGAGGAAAAGGAGAACCUGACCCAACAGCUCCUGCGCGAAGUAGCCGAAUAUCAACGGAACAUUGUUACCAGAAAGGAAAAGAUUUCUGCCUUGAAAAAGCAAGCCAAUCACAUUGUUCAGCAGGCUCAGAGAGAACAAGAUCAUUUUGUAAAAGAAAAGAAUAAUUUGAUAAUGAUGUUGCAAAGAGAAAAAGAAAAUCUUUGUAAUCUGGAAAAGAAAUACUCCAGCCUCACUGGGGGGAAAGGGUUUCCUGUCAACCCCAGUACUCUAAAAGAGGGCUAUAUCAGUGUAAAUGAAAUUAAUGAGCCAUGUGUCAAUUCCACGAAUCUAUCCCCUUCCUCUCAGUUCCCUGCUGAUGCUGAUGCUGUUGCCACUGGGCCUCCCACAGCUGUGCCGGUGAGCCAGCCACAAAAUAAAGAGCAAAGAUCACCUGUCUGUUCUGGAUUUAUGUUUCCUUCCACCCUUUCUCCUCAUCCUAUCACUCAACCUCCAUCAGCCCCUUGGCCCGAAGUCCUGGCUCCAUCUGUCGAUCCUUUCCCUUUAAAUGACACACCUCCUCCUCUACCAGCUAAGAAACACAGAAGGCAGCCACAGCAGCAGGAACAACAGCAUUUUAGAAGUCUGGAAGAAAGGAAAAAACAGCAUAAAGAAGGCCUCUAUCUGAGUGACACUUUGCCUCGAAAGAAAACCACACCUUCCAUAUCCCCACAUUUCAGCAGUGCUACUAUGGGGAGAAGCACCACCCCAAAGGCCCACCUGCCCCUGGGACAGAGCAACAGCUGUGGCAGCGUGCUGCCUCACUCCCUGGCAACCAUGACCAAAGACUCAGAAUCUCGGAGGAUGCUCAGAGGAAGAAUGAAUUUCUCAGCAGGAGCAAUUAGUAAUUCCAAAAGUUCAAGUAUCAAAGGGUAUAAUCACCAACAGAUGAGUGAAGGACAAAGGCAGAAAUCUUCUGAAUUUUACAACCGCACGGCAUCUGAAUCAAAUGUCUACUUGAACAGUUUCCACUAUCCCGAUCACAGCUAUAAGGACCAGGCCUUUGAUACUUUGAGCCUAGACAGCUCUGAUAGCAUGGAGACCAGCAUCUCUGCCUGCUCACCUGACAAUAUCUCUAGUGCCAGCACUUCAAAUAUUGCCAGAAUAGAAGAAAUGGAGAGACUUUUGAAGCAGGCGCAUGCGGAGAAGACUCGGCUGCUUGAAUCCAGGGAACGGGAAAUGGAAGCCAAGAAACGAGCUCUGGAAGAAGAAAAACGACGCCGAGAACUCCUGGAAAAACGACUGCAGGAAGAAACUAGCCAGCGGCAGAAGUUAAUUGAAAAGGAAGUAAAAAUAAGAGAGAAACAAAGGGCACAGGCCCGACCUUUGACACGCUAUCUGCCCGUCCGGAAGGAAGACUUUGAUUUGCGAAGCCACGUAGAGACUGCCGGCCACAAUAUCGAUACCUGUUAUCAUGUAUCGAUCACAGAGAAGACCUGCCGAGGAUUCCUUAUCAAAAUGGGUGGAAAAAUUAAAACUUGGAAAAAACGAUGGUUUGUGUUUGAUCGGAACAAGCGCACAUUCUCUUAUUAUGCAGACAAGCAUGAAGCUAAAUUAAAAGGAGUAAUAUACUUCCAAGCCAUUGAAGAAGUGUAUUAUGAUCACCUCAAGAAUGCUAAUAAGAGUCCUAACCCAUUACUCACCUUCAGUGUCAAGACGCAUGACAGAAUCUACUAUAUGGUCGCGCCAUCGCCGGAAGCCAUGCGGAUCUGGAUGGAUGUUAUAGUUACUGGCGCAGAAGGUUACACCCACUUCUUGUUGUAGCAAACUGGCGCCAACAGUGUACUUCCGGGCAGACUGCAAUAGUCUCUUACAAGAAUGAAGCCAUAUUCAGUCCGGGAUGAAGAGACCGGGACCCACAGGCCCAUCCCUUUAACUGUGUAUACUCAGAACUCCUUUUUACAUUAACAGGAAGUCAUUUGUAAAAGAGAAGAAGGGGGGUUGAAUUCAAAGCUUGACGAAAAGUAGCGAAAGGAUUGAAGCACCUGUGAGAAAGAAAACACUAUUUUGGUAAAUAGCAUCACUUAUAGGAACACUUCUUAUAAACUGUUUUUUAUCAAUUGUUUACUUUGGUGAAAUAAACUGAGCAGUUUACAAAAAUGUAUGUACUUGGAAAUAUGAAAUUAUUUUAGCACCCAAAUUAUUGGCAUUGACAUUAUUCGUUAAUCAACUGACGUUUUAAAAACCAUUUUGCUGAAGGUUAUUUUGUAAGUAGAAGCAAAUAAGGGGUUGGGGGAGAGUUUUAGGAGUUUUGCCCUAAUUAUUAAGUACUGCACCUAAACCAAAGACUUGACAUGACUUCUGUUUAAUAGUGGUAGUUUCAAGUGAUGAACUGUAUUUGGUGUUACUCUACAUUUUAAAAUGGUACCUUGAUGCCAUCAGUUGCCCAGGAAGUUGACUCUGGAGAGUUACCCCUGGCAUAAGCGACUGUACAUAUAUAGCAAAUCACUUGUUGUAAAAGAAGAAAAAACAAAAGGUUGUGUGUUUUACACAGAAGCAGUCUUAUUAGACAGGCAUUCUGUCACUUGGAGCGAUUAAAAAUAAAGAGACUAUUUCAUGUUUUGCUAAAGAUUUCUCCAUUCCCGGUGCUGAGAAUAAAGGUAGCCAGUAGCCGAUUUCCUUAGGUUGUCUGUUUGCUCUUUAUCGUGGAACACACCUCUUUUUGCAACCUCACGUGACAUAACGAUGAAACCAGAGCCCUAUUUUCACCAAAGAACAGACCAGUGAAAAUACUUACUUACAGAAGUAAUGUUAUAGAACAAGGAAAAUGAACUCCAACUUAAUGUUCUCUGUAAUGUACUAUUUCAUUAUGUAUUUCUUUACAAUUAGCUUUAGUUUUUUUAGAGUUAAGUUAAUUUUUCUUGAAUGAAAUGACUUCAGGCAAGUCUCUUUUAUAACAGUUUUUCAAAUGCCACUUAUCCUGGGUCUGUCAUGUUGUGUGUAUUUGUAAGUAUGAACGUAUUCUUUCCUAGAAGUUUGCAAAUGAAUAUAAGUAGAGAAUAAUUAAUGGCUUUGCUUACUAGUACAAGGUGAAAUGACUAGAUUGGAAGUGUCCCUAACAUCUUGAUCUGGCCUGACUGGGUACAAUGUUUAAAAAUUUGCAUUCUGGUUUGCACACAUGUAUACACGUUGCCAAUAAUAAGAUUUUGCAACUGGAUGACUCAUGAUUUUAUUUGAACAGUGGAGGACAAGGUCACUAUUGCAGAAGACAGUUUUAUAAUCUGUUUUUUUCAGACAUCAGCCCUAAACCCUUGUAAUGAUCUAAGAGAGUGAAAUGCAGUUGCUAAAAUUUUGUUGGUUAAUGUAAGAUAUAACUUUUCUGUACUGUACUGUACUUUCUCUAUAGGAUUAUGAAGAUAUUCUAAUCAACGUUAUAUUAUGCAUGAUGUAGUAAACCUUUUAAAAUGUGUGUUAAAAUAUGUUGAGUAUGGAUUAAAAUGUUGACCAGAUUUCACAGCUGAAAAUAAACUCAUCUCUCGUCAGGAGGUUACCUAUUGGUGACAUAAGAGGAGAUGGAUUAAUCAGCAAAAGUCAAUUGUCAAUCUCCAUAAAGGUGGAGAUUUUGUGUGCUAACAUUAUGAUUUGUAGUUUUAUAAAACUGAAAUGAGAUGAC